AUGGAAUUAACUACCGUGGAAGAUAGUUCAUCCAAAGUAUCACCCUCUCCAUGGAAGAGCAAGGCAAUGGACUUGAACAAGGAUCCAAAAGUUGAAUAUUGCGGAGUUGGGUUGUGGCGUCCAUCUUGCCUAGAGCCACUCAGAGAUAUACGCGCAUUUAUAGCUGCGAUGUGUUUCGUUUCAUGUCUCCAGGCCUCUUACUCUGGGUACACCAGUUCUCAGAUCACAACUUUGGAAAAGCGAUUCGCAAUCGGUAGCAUUGUCAUCGGAGCUAUCAACUCAUUUUUUGAGGUUGGCUAUAUUAGUUGCGUUAUGAUAGUCAGCUAUUUGGGAGCCAAGGGGCGAGUACCGUUGUGGAUCGCUUGUGGACUUUUUGCUAUGUCAUGCGGUGCAUUUCUGUUUUCGACGCCUCAAUUUCUCUUUCCUUACGACUUGUCACUUUCUUCUGGUAAUAGUGAACAUUUGUGUUCCGUAGAUUUUUCACUUAACCGGACCUUAUCAAAGAAAUUUACUUGCAAUACCAAAGUUGAUGGAUCAUAUCACUUCUUGCCGAUUUUACUAUUAGCCCAGUUCCUUAUCGGUGCAGGGUCUAGCCCUAUUUUAACACUUGCUCCUCCUUUUGUGGAUGAUCACGUGCCUCCGUCGAAAGCUCCUGCGAUGAUUGCCUCCUUGUAUGCCGCUGCUGCGCUUGGUCCCGUUUUUGGAUAUGCACUGGGUGCCUUAAUGCUGCAACAUCCCAUGGAUAAGUGGUCAAAAAUGAAGGUUAUUGGCAGUACCCUAACCCCAGUCAGUGAAGAUUGGAUUGGCCUUUGGUGGGCCGGCUAUAUCAUACUUGGUCUAGGCGUUUUCAUAGGUGCCUCCAUUCUUAUCAUGUUUCCCCGAACUUUGCGCUCCUCGUUCACACCACACAAGCGGUCUUUGGAAUCUGACUUGAUUGCCGGAAGUAGCAACAGUGGCGGAACUGUGGAUGGCAAUCUGAACGACUCAAAACCAAACUCCACUGCGGAGUCUUCACAGCCCUUUUCCCUUUCUGCCCUCCAAAUCCAACCAACUUCUAACCAGUCCUAUCAGCAUCGUGCAGUUUAUCAACACCACCACAGGUCUUUCUCUGGGAACGUGCCUGUCACUUCCGCACCGCCUCUGGGUGUAGGAGGCACCGCUCAAAGCGCCUCAUAUUUUCCUCCUCGACAUCACCAGAGAUCCGCCUCCGUUAGCAGCAUUCUUCUUCAUGCUGCUAUCAUCGCUGCGACUGCCUCGCACGCUGCAGAAGAGGAGGAUGAAGCACUGCCCUCUACCGAAACUGAUUCGGACAGCUCUUCAAGUGAAUCGACUUCCUCUCACGAUGACAGAGAAAGGCUGGAGAGGCGGCAGAGUCGAAUCGACCAAUCAGUAAAUGAGGUGCGGCGAGGCAAGCGCCUUUUCCGGUCCCCGGUCUAUCGGAGUAAGAGUCUUUCCGCUCAACAGCAGCAGCAACAGCAACAGCAACACUAUAGUCGCAGGUGGACCUCUGCCUUCUGGUCUUCACGAUCUCCAAGCCGUGGAGUGUUGCUACAGUCUUGUGGUCGUCCGUCGCGAUGGUCUCAGAGGGGUAACCCAUUGGGUGUUCCACCACCCAUUCCCGACGUCAUGAUGGAGGAUAGCUCUUCCGAGUUACCUACAACUCCAAUCACCAAGGUGAAUGUAAAGUCUGAAGAUGGGACUGAUUUGGCCGUAAAUGAUGAGUUCGCCUCCUCGGUAGGCGUGCGACGCACUCAUCCGCCCAUUUUAGAAGGGGAUUCGGGUGUGCCUUCACACUCCUCUUCUAACGCUAAUCCACCUUCACCUUUCGCUCCAACCUCCUCGGCUUCGAAAUCGUCCAUUUUUGUGCACCUCCACAGGCACCGCAAACGCCGACCUCACAAAAUCAUCCGCGGUCGUAUUUUCGGUUUCCUCGCUGAUUGGAGCAAGGAUAUUCCUAAGUCGAUAUUCGGUCUUCUGAAGAACAAAAUCUACGUCGUUACGUGUCUCUGUAUUUGCUGUGAAAUGUUCAUUGUCAUUGGAUUUGCUGGAUUUCUCCCCAAGUAUAUGGAGAUUGAGUACCAAAUAUCCAAAGCAACGGCUAGCAUGAUUGCCGGUAAACCCUCUGCGACUGUUAACAGUAGUGUGCUGACGACCGCAAAACCCUGGGAGGUGGAAUGCUGUCGAUCUUGCGGCUGCAACCCCAAUGUUUGGAAACCCGUGUGUCACGCUAAAACGAACACCAUCUUCUUUUCACCUUGCUAUGCUGGCUGUGCAAAGGGACCCACUUUUUUACCCGCCAACAAUCAGUACAUCUACUACCACUGCCACUGUCUACGCAGUUUUGCUGAUGCUCUCAACAACCAAUCUAUGUCCCUAAGGGAUAGCAGCGUGGCGUUGGUGGCAGAGGCAGGAGUAGGUGAGGUGUCAUCGCAAAUUUUCGAUGACGAAGUAUUCGAAGGUGUGUGUGCGCCAGGCUGUAAAAUGCUGAUGCCCUUCGUGUGCUUCCUCACAGUCCUUCUCUUCCUUACCGGGGUAAUCCAAAACCCCUUGCUAAUGGUAACGAUGCGUUCAGUGCGACACAGCCAGCGAUCUCUUGCCCUUGGGCUCCAGUUUGUCAUAAUUCGUCUCCUCGCCAACCUACCCUCGCCUAUCGCCUUUGGCAGGGCCAUCGACGGGGCUUGCCUUCUAUGGAAGGACGAGUGUGGUCGUAGGGGUGAUUGCGCCUUCAUGGACCUCAAACAACUCACUCAAUACAUCACCGGCCUCGGAGUGACAGUGAAGGGCUCGAGUCUGUUGGUCUACAUAGUCCUGAUCUAUCUGCUCUCGCGACAAUAUUCCAGUGAUGAUGAGGAGGUGGAGGCAACCAAACUUCGCGGUGAUGACGAUGCCCUCCAGCAGCCCUUGACACCCGACACACAGCAGACUGCCACGGAGGUCACUAGGACCUGA